AAUUGUUUUCCCCAGAUUGGUCAGGAUGAAUCGCUGGCGAUAAUGAGUAUUAGAGGCAUGGCUGUUUGUAAUUGAUUACUGCAAAUCUUUAUCAUCUGCGCAACCGUCAUCCGUUACAGACCUGUUAGUGCCGACGCCCUCGUUGUUUACUCUACAAUCGACCGAAUUCAGCAGAUUAUGCCACGGAAUGCCCUCACCCCAGAUGGCCCUGUCACCAUACCAGGUCCAGCCGCAGAACGGCCAUUGAAGGCCUCAACGGCACCGACAGCUGCAGCUUCAUCCACAUCGAAAUGGAACACAGACAAACUAGGCAUGCGCCUCGGUGUAGACAUCGCCAGCGCAAUGACAGCAGGAGCACUAACCUGCCCCGUCAUCACCGUCAUCGAUCGGGCAAUCAUCGAGAAAGCCGCCAAGGGCCUCCCCAUCCGCAACACCCUCACCUCCUGCUUCCGCUCGAUGCUCACCCGCCCCGCGGCGUUCUUCACAAGCGUCCCGUUUCUACUGAUCUAUACCCUCUACACAUCGACGUACCUCACUGCCAACGCUAUUGAUACGCUUACGUCGACGCUGCGCGAUCGACCCUUUGAGACAGUUUUCCCGGGAACGGUCAAGUUCUUGACGACUACGGCUGUGAAUAUGGGGAUUUGUGUUUACAAGGAUGCGAGGUUUGCGAGGAUCUUUGGGGCCGCCACCAGCCCCCAGUCUUCUCCCAGCAGUAGUGCAAGUACAGGUGUGACAUGCCACCCAUCCAGCACGUCAGCCUUGAAGGUCCCAAGAAUAAGCUACGCCCUCUUCUGCCUCCGGGAUAGCAUCACCAUCUUCGCGUCGUUUAAUGUGCCUGCGCUGCUUGCGCCGAGUAUCCCCGAUAGGAUUUUUGCGUGCCCGGCUUUGAUGCAGUUCGUCAGCACGCCGAUGCAUUUGCUGGGGUUGGAUUUGUAUAACCGGCAGCCUGCUGGGGGGCUGGGGUGGAGGGAGAGAGUGGGCAGGAUUAGGAGGGAUUAUGUGGCGAGUUGUUUUGCGCGGAUGGGGAAGAUUGUUCCUGCGUAUGGGGUUGGUGGGGUGGUGAAUGUUAGGAUGAGGGAGGGGUUGAUGAGACGCUUGUCUUCUUAAUCCUUAAAUAUUGCUCUGGCAUUGUGUUGGCGUUGGCGUUGGGUGGGUAGAUUUCUUUCCGGUUAGAUAUGGAUUGUAUAGCUGGUGUCAUGUACAGAUCACAGCUAGCUGAUGAUGAUCGGUCUUUUUCUUUAGCUAGAUAGAUUAGGUAUAGAAGCUAUCGCAUCUCCCGCUACCGCAAUUGCAGUGAUUACCAUCUGACAAG